AUGAGUCAUGGCAGUGAUAAUGUUUAGACUAGCAUAGUUUAGAAUAACAGAGGCUAGAGGAGUCCAUAAAACAGCCAGUAGCAAGACCCCUAAACACUUUAGAAAAAAUCACCGCCUAUUAUUUUGUUGUAGAAGUAAGAUAAUCAAGUUCAAAUGGAAAAGGCUCAAUAAAACCUGAAAGUGAAGAGUUUAUUUGAAGAUAACUCAGUAAUUAAGGAAUUUGAGGAAGAAAUUGAAUAAGAUUUGUAUCCAGCGAAAUGA